GGUUGUGUCUCCUUGUGCCUUCUUUCUGAGCUCUCCUUCUCCCCUUGCAAUUUCGAUUUCUGAGUACCUUCACAUUGAGCUUUACUCCCUGAAUCACUGGUUGCGUCGGCUAUCUGGCGGCUAUAUGGCAUCUUCAGCAGAAACCAUGAAUCCCUUUCGGCCACCGGCCAGAUCAUCUAUCGCCGAAAGGAAUCCCUUCUCCAGCUAGCAUCUACUCAUGUGCAAAAUGGUGUGCAGGAGGAUCGCGAUCAUUUGAGAAGCCAGCCAAUAAUGCGACGCCGGAACUAUUGGUAUGAUUGCGAAUGAUUAGGAUGGGACUGUGAAGCAUGGAGAGGAGCACACAACUACGAGUUCUUGCCCAAGUUGGGUCCUCUCUCCUCCCAACAGCAUGACUGUACAUCUCUGCACCACCAUAUGCCUGUGGUGGUUGAUCAAUCAGGCACGCUUGUGUGAUCAUCAGCCCACACUUGCAUGCGCCUUGGCUUCAAGCUCCCUUGCCAGGAACUUCCCCCACAAAAGCAUAUCACGAUUUUCCAAUCGCAAUUGGUUCCUUGCUCCGGAUAAGGAGCCCCAAAGUUCUUUGUGCUUGAGAGAGAGCAAGUUAUCAUCGCACGGUCACUGAUACUCUGAUGGCUUUGAGUUCAAAGCUUCUCUCUCCUGCCUCGAGCCUCAAGAUCUGAUUGCUACGACAGACAAUAACCAUCAGACGAUGCAAAAUCACUAUUGCGACUGGGCAUCAGCUUUAUGCACAAACUUCUGAGCUAUACCUAUCAGGGGAGAUCCACGGUGGAGAGUUUGCGUAUGGUCCGCAAGCCCUACCCAUCUUCAAUGUUGAUUUGCAACUCGGGUCCCGCGGCACCAGCAUUACGAGGGAGCGAUUCGUUGCCCACCAAUUCCCGAGUACACCAUGCCACAUUCUCGACUUUGGCCGUUCCUGGGAGUGUCGCUCCAUUUUCACAUGAUUGACAAAUGCUAUGACAAGGGUUCUGGCGGCCUCCACGGUACGUGACCGUCACAAAACCGGUCGGCGAUGCUGGUGGUUCCAUACAGACUUGCGCAAGAGGUCCCAAGAAGAUAUGACGGUAAUACCUAAAGCGUCCUUGCAUCCAAACUAUUGUCCAAGUACUUAGCGCAUGAUUCCGCCGAGAGCAUCUCAAUCUUCGGAGCAGUACUUCCAACCAUACAAAAGUCAACCCAUUGUUCUCCCCUCUCACACUGUGAGGCUUUGUUACCUGCAGCAAACCGAAUAUGGACCAACAGACUGUACGAUCGCGUCCCCGAGUUUCGCGGGCUUGUGAGAGAUGCCGUGUCAAGAAGGCAAAGUGCGAUGGUGAGAAGCCUUGCAGGAGGUGUAAUUUAGAUCAGGCACCUUGUUCGUAUAAAGUACGAAGGAAGACGGAAUCUGCAAGCACAAACCAAAGAUAUACCAACCUCCUCCUUCAACAUCAGGAGGCUCUGACGGCGGGGGUGGUCGAGCUGUACAAACGGCUGGCCAGUGGUCAGAAAUGGGAUGGCGCCCCAAUUGAGGAAGUCAAUGGCACCCCCAGCGUGCAUGGCAUCCUUGAACGACUGGGAGUGCUUGACCACGACGAAGACGCCGCCCACAGCCACGUCGACUCAAGCUCGAUCAACAACAGAUCAGAACCUGUCUCGCCCAUAAGCCUCGCGAGAUCGAUUCCGCCAGUCAUUGCGCCGAAGACAAAAAGACCGCUUCGAGCCACAAUGCGAAGAGAACCGGACGACCAUGCACCUGGCACGGCACCGCCUAGGCAACGGAGUUUCAUCGCGCAAUCGCCGAAAUCAGCCACGGCGACGGCCAUGAGCCGGACGUCGACCGCCUGUGGACCGCCGUCUUCCGCACUCGACACAGACGAAGGGCCUGUACAUUCGACGUAUUUCGCACAACCCGCCUCGCCGCUGACGCCGCUCUCAGACGCACGAGGCACAUCUCUAUCUCACGGCUCUGGGGCCCGCCUCACCAGGACCAGCGCCUCGACGACAUCAUGGGUCGACUCGCCAGUGGAUGAAUUUUGCGAUGAGUUGUUCGGCACCCCGAUACCCACGCCCGGAGCAGAGGCCCAGCCUGGACACCAACUACAACAACCGGGCCUCCAGAAUGAACCUCUCCCCCAAUAUCAGCCGCAAGGCCAGACCCCGUCAGCUCACCAGAAUCCGUACGCGAUGCCCCCAUCGUUUGCGUCCCCGAACAUGAGCGCCACGGAAGCCUACAACGCGGAAUAUUUCUUCGACGCCACGCUGGGCGGCGGGAUGUCCAUGUAUGGCUGGGACAGUGGACCGGGCGGGCCGGGCGGGAUCGAGUACGCUGCGUGGGACACGGGAGUGUACGUUUAAAGCCGUGAGGAUCAACGGUCGGUAGGCAUUGGGUUGGAUUAGGUUGGAGAAGGAAAGAGGCGAUGCUUGGCCAUUUGUUCCGUGUGUGCCUAUACCGUGGGAGUAUAUGUAUGUAACACGAGCGGCAGCAACGAGGGAGGUUUGGUAUAGUCAGAGAGCACCUAUCUAUCUCGCUUCACCACCAUGCGGUUCGAAUUACUCGAUGAAUGGAAGCGAGCAGAUUCUCUCGCGGUUCCAGAUUUAUUUUGGUACCGAUAUCGAAAUCAAUAUCCUAUAUAGAUUUACAUUACGAAUAUUCCCAUGCGUUGGUG